AUGCCUCCAGACCCUCGUGCAGACGGCGCGUCUCGCCUAGAUGGCAUCGACGAACGCUGGAUACAAGCCCUGGACAACUACAAACAAGAGACUGGACGCGACCUCCUUCAGUACUCGUUCGCCACGGACCUUCUCUCUCAAUCCGACACCGAAAAAGUUAUGGAGCGCCUCAAGGACCAGGCCAAGCUCUUCACGACCUUCCGUUCAAGCGGGCGCAAGGUUCUGGACACAGUGAAACCUAUCGUGGCAGUUGUGCUCCGUUUCAUCGACGCCGGUGCAGAGGGUGCUUCCUCGGUGGCACCCGGUGGCAAGGCCAUAUUCGUCGCGUUUGCUGCCUUAUUACAGGCCAUGAAAGAAACCACCCAGCUCUACGACACCGUCGAGUCUCUCCUUCAGCAAGUUAAGGCGUACGUCGAACGCGUCGGGAUCCAUCUUCAACCUGCAACUCCGCCGUCUCCCGCACUCAUGAGGAUCCUUCUCGAUACGCUGGUUCAAGUCUUGAAUGUGCUCGCCAUUCUCACAAAGUAUUGCAACGCGGAGUUCGAACAUAAGUCAAAGUUUGAGAAAACGAAGGACGUGCUGUCUCGUCGUACGAAGGACUGGCUUCGAGUGAUCGCCGACAAGGCCGACGUGAAAGACGCGCUCGCUAAGCUACGGGACCUUGCAAGCGCUGAGCUACAAGUCACAGCUGCACACACCAAUGCCGUUGUGCGCAACGUCGAACCUAAGGUUGCAGCUGUCUACGACCGCGCAGUCAUUAAAGACCUUCGCCGCUGGUUACGCCCUCCAAACACUCCUGAGCCCAACAACUACGAAAGCAAGAGACAAGCUGGAAGCUGCGAGUGGUUCUUCGACGAUGAUUUCGAGGGUUGGAAAGCGUGCAAGAAUGGCUUGUAUUGGGUGUACGGGAAUGCCGGCUCUGGCAAGAGCGUCUUGAGCUCUUCAAUUGUUGAGAAGCUUAUGGGAGACGCCGUCUCAAACGUCAUCUACUUCUAUUUCGACUACACUGAUCCGGAGAAGCGAGACUGUCGCGCUCUUGUGUCAUCGUUGGUACUUGAGCUUGGGACUCGCUUUGAUGUCUGUUUGCAGUAUCUCAAUGGAUUUGGCCCAUCAUCGGCUCCGUCUCCAACCUACGAGAAGCUUCUUGAGAUGUUCUCGCAUCUUCUCAGCCUGUCUGGACGUACGUUCUUGGUGAUUGACGCUCUUGACGAGUGCCCUGAGUCGUCACGGGAUAAAGGACUUGGAAAGCUUCUCAGCACGAUACGCAAUCAAGGGAACGACCUGCGCACCCUCGUUACAAGCAGGCCUAAACCCGACAUCCGGAAGUGCCUUGCACCUAGCGUCACUUAUACACUCGGCUUUCACGAAUGCGCAAAACAUGUGCAAGAUUUGAGCCACUACAUCAAUACAAGAUUAUCUGACGAGGUCUUUUCCCGUUGGCCAGAAGGCAUCAAAAGAACAGCGCAGGAUACACUCAUCAAAGACUCCCGAGGCAUGUUUCUAUGGGUUGACCUGCAGCUUCAGUACCUGAAACAUUGCGCCCCGAACGACGUUUUGAACGCAUUACGACAGCUACCAUCUGGACUUCAUCAGACAUACGAGCGAAUCCUGAACGACUUUGCAUCGCAUCGUGCCAUGAUCAACCGCGCCCGCUAUGUCUUACAAUGCAUCGCAUUCUCCACAAGACCGCUCACUCCCUCUGAGGUUUUUGAUAUAUUCUCGGUCGACUUUGACCACCCGGGUACCGCCAUGUCCAAAGAUAUUACGCACUUUGGGCCAGGAAACCGGGUUAGCCCCAAAGAAGUCAUAUUAGAGAGGUGUCCUGGCCUUCUCACAUUUACCAGAGCUGGCAACAAUGAGAUCGUGCAAUUCAUCCACUUUUCUGUGCAAGAGUAUCUCGUCUCUUCUGUGCUUCGAAGUGCCUCAUAUCCCGCGCGUUUAUACUAUUUUGAUGAGGAUUCUGCUCAUCUGACGCUUGCGACAUUUUGCCUGUCACUUAUCAACCACCUGCGCAACAUAGAUCGAAAUCUCGAUAGCGUCGUUCGUUUUGAGCGUUAUCAGCGCGCUUAUGAAAUGCAUCUGCCAACAUACGCGUUUAGCGACUGGAGCGCGCACGUGUCUCCUCGAAAUGAGUGUGCUCUCGAGGAACUACUUCAUCAUUUCCUCCGCCCAAGCUCUCCGGUGUUCAAUCUCUGGCGGAACCUCAAACGCGCAAUUGGACUUGGACAUAUUGAACCUCAUCAAACAGACGCAUUUCGUUGUGCUGUCGCUCUGGGACUUUGCAAUCUGGUAGACAGAAUACUUCAGGAGGAUCGUAUCACCUCUCGUUCCCCUUCUGAACCCCUGCAUCAAGCAUACUAUCAUAUAUCCGGCAGAUUCGUCUUGCAUGAGGCGGCGGAUCAUGGACAAGCAGAUAUGUGUCGCUUGCUUCUGCAAUAUGGGGCUGACGUCUUUUCCUCUACUGUCAAGCCAUGGAAUGAGAUGGCGAUACACAUCGCCGCCCGCCGUGGGCACGUAGCGGUCGCGGAUACGCUUCUGGAGCACGGAAUCAGCGAUGACUCACAUUCCCCCGCUUUGAUAGGAGCUCGCAAUGGUUCUGGACAGACAGCAUUGCAUCUUGCGAUAAUGGGAGGGCAUAUGGAUCUGUUUGACUUGCUCCUCAAAAGAGGCGCUUGUGUGCAGGAUACUGACGGCGAAGGCUCCACGCCUAUCCACCUCGCUGCAUCUCGAGGAUAUACGCAAAUCGUACAGAAACUUCUAGACCGUUACGCACAAGAUGGACUAGAUUUCUCUGCAUGGUGUCAAGUCCGAAACCACGCAGGACGGACUCCAUUGCACGAUGCCGCACGUUACCGACACUAUCAGGCCGUUCAUGGUUUACUCUCCACCUGCAACAUCGCUAUCGAUGUCAGAGACAAUCAUGGUCGUACUCCUCUGCAUUAUGCCGUCACUGGAGAAUAUGAUACUAGCGAGGUCUCUGAAGACAUAAAGACCACUCGCGUUAUCUUGGAGUUCUCCGCUCGGAAUCGACCGCGGAACGUUUCCCAACCCCACGCUCAACACGACAGUCACAAGUCUUUUCUUGUCAGCAGAGAUGAUGACGGCUGUACCCCCUUACAUAUGGCCGCGUGCGGCCGUGAAGAGGUCGUGUGCCUACUCUUGAAGCACAUCGUAGCGCAUUCAGUAGACCCCACUCUCGUCUUUGGGGAAGAUGCACGGGGCGAUACACCAUUGCAUUCGGCCGCGAAAGGAAAAGACUCGCGUCUCCUCGGCCUCCUGUUGGAGCAUAUUGUGGUACAUAUGGCACAGGACCUGACUGUUGUCCAACGGCGAAAUGUAUGGGGGGAUACGCCAUUGCAUACGGCCGCGAGAGAGGGACGCAAAUUUGCCCUAGGCCGACUGCUAGAGCAUGUGGUGCAUACGCAGAAUCCAACGGUUGCCCAGUGGCAAAAUGCACAGGGCUAUACGUCGCUGCACUACGCUGCAGAGUUGGGGAAUACAGAUAUGAUCAACUUACUUAAGAAGCAUUUCACGACACAUUCAUUUGAUCCGGCCCUGGCUCUCUGGCGAGAUGUGAAAGGAUGUACGCCGUUUCAUCACGCAGCCUCACAGAUCAAGGAGGACGCUCUUCGUUGUCUGCUUGACUGGGAGGGCUUCCCCAACGACGUGACCCACGAAUGUAACCGAACUCUGUUGCACAAGGCUGCAUUCAAGGGAUGGACCGACAUGAUUCGCAUACUCUUAGAACAUCCUGCAGCGUAUGGGACAAACGCCCGCGCCCGAUGCCAUGUUUUGGACAAGGAUGGCCGUACGGCUUUAUAUCAUGCUGUGGAGCAAGGUCAAGCCGACAGUGUCCGUUAUCUGAUUGAUCGCGGAUCUCCUCUAGGAGACACGAACACACCCGCUCCCAUUCUUUAUUACCUGGCAGCCAUGCAAGGACGGAGGGAUAUCGUGAGCAUGCUAUUGGAACAUCCAGAAAAAGCUACAUUGGCCUCACCCGCUCAAUACGAUACACCCAUACAGGAUGGGGAUGCAGCAUUGCAAAAGGCCAUGACUCAAGGACAAACCGAGAUUGCUCGCUGCUUGCUGUAUCACGGAUUUAUCCCUCCCUCCGAAUUGAGGACAUGUAUGCGAACCUUUAUGCGCUUGUCAAUCUCCUCGGGAAACUUGACGGCUGUCCGUACGCUUCUAGAGGAUUACGGCGCUCAGGGGAUGGAACUUGGUGCACAAUAUCAUCCUUGUGGCAGAGAUAGAGACACCGAACUACACGAAGCGGUGAGGGCAGGAAACAUCCGAAUCACGCGCGUUCUACUUGGUCACGGAGCUCCCUUGCGUCCAAGGGACAGAGACAACCGGACCCCUUUGGAGCUCGCCGUGCAUCACAAGAAGUUCGAUGUCAUCUGCGUAUUCUUGGAGCGCACAGCCGAAGAUGGAUACGACCCCAUCCCUGCUCUGCUUACCCAAGCAGAAGAUCCCGAGUGGUCGCGUAAGAUCCCAUUCUUCUUGAGCCUCCGCGCAAGAUACGUACGACAAGUAGCGGCGCCCGGUACUUGA